AAGACAGCUGUAAGAAAAAGUAAACAAAAAUUGGGUGAGGCCCAAUACUUUUUUUUUCCAUUUUUGCGUCUUUGCUUUGACGAAAAAUAAGUAUAUUUAUCAAAUUAUCAUGUAGCCUGGACAAGGCGCGGUGAUCGAUGUCUUCUUAGUACUUAACUGGUACGUAAAAUCGUCCGAGACUAGUGAUGUGAAAAAAGUAAUAAAUGAAGACUAGUGAUGUUUCCAACAGAUGCAACUGUUACGGCUGGGGAAACAGCACUUAGGAGAAUGGCACAGGGAGAUUUUACAUCCAUAGACUUUCUCUCCUCUUUUAACACCAGUGAUGUCAUUGAAACUCAAAGAGAGAUCACUAAGAGACACUGGAAACCAGCUGAAGAUAGGACCAAGUGUUUUGAAGUGAGUUGUCAGAAGGUAUUCACUCUUCUGGAGCGGCACCACCACUGCAGGAGCUGUGGAGAAGUCUUCUGUGCAGAGUGUGUCAAAUACCAACGCAGGCUCAACGCGUUAGCACAUGCUGACCCAGUGGGACAAUUUUAUAAGGUGUGUAGAAAGUGUUUUGAGAAAGGGAAAAUAACUGAUGGUCAGACUAGGAGUCAUAGUGUUUACUUUCAUGAACUACGAGUUUAUUACAAAGAGCAUGGCAUGGUUCACACUGGGAACUCAUCAGAGUGGCGAAUGAGGCUAAAUUUAGACAGAGAGUGUCAGAGAUUACUCCUGGGGUUUAACCAAAGUGUUGGGAACUCUGAAGUGCAGCGAACACUACAUGGGGUCAAGAGUUUUGUCACGACUCCCCAGUGGAUGAAGUCCAGUGUCUGGAGUAGAGAAAAUCUAGUGAAAAGCUGCCAGUAUUGUAAAGAAGUAUUUGGGCUGCUGAAGAAAAAAGCUUUUUGCUCUGUGUGUGGAAUAGUCGUCUGCAAAUCCUGUUCUUCAAAUGACCUACUUGUUUACAUUCCUGAUGAGGACAAGGGGAGAGAAGCCAGUCAACCCAAGAUGGCUGUUAUUAAAAUUAUUGGGUGCCCCAAAGUUGAGCCAGAACUCAGUAUCUACCUGCGAGUCUGCAGCAAGUGUAAGGACAAGCUGAUCCUCAAGCAGGUGGACCAGCAGGAAGAAGACUCCCUGAUGAACGGGCCUGACUUCAUGGAUGUUUUGAACAAGCUUCACGACAAAUUUGUCACGGUGGAGAGUCAUGUCAGGGAUCAGCUCCCCAAAUAUAAGGAAAUAGUUGAUUCAUUAGCGGACAGGUCAAGGCGGUCCAGUACACACAACAACAUGAAAACAUUGGCCAAGGCCCAGGAAGAUUUAUCCCAAAUGCUUGCCCAACACCUGACAACAGUCCAAUACAUGAAGAAACUCAAACCCUCAACAGCUACACAGUCCAAGCUCUUUCAAGUAUACAUUCGGGCCAAAUGUGAGUUUUACCUGGAUCACAUGUCCAUGUUCCGCACUGUUAAACAUAAACUCAGUGAGUCGGCAUCUGAUGAAAGCCUAAAAGUGAUUCAAAGGAUUAUGGAUAAAAAUGCCAUCAUCAGUACUCACCUGUACCUUCAUCAACUGAUCUAUGAAAUGAUUUACCUGUGUCAAAGAUACGAGCUGCAAGAAAGCCUCAUCCCAGUUUUGAUGCAAAUUGAACAGAAGGUAGAGACAGACGUGCAGACGUGUUUACAGGCAGAAGGGGAUGAUGUAACUGAACACAUGAACCUGGUUCAAGAAUUGACACAAGAAAGAAUGAAGAAAAAUAAGUUGAUUCGCCCCUCCAAAACUCAGCUCCAGAGAAGAGGAACAAAAUAUGUAUAUGAGCUGAUGAGCUCCAGGGUGGAGAACCUACUGAACCAGGUCAAGUUCCAGCUACAGCUGGCCACCACACUUAACAGUUUCCAGGCCAGCAAGAAAGCUCUGGAAACUGGACUCGCUGAGAUGAAAAAAAAGCGGGAAGAAGAUAUCAAGGAAACAAAUGAUUUUUUCUUUGUUCAAAAGGAUGACUUUUCGUAGCCUUUUUUAAAUUUUAUAAUUUGGUAGUUUUACAUUGUUGCUUUACACUUUGUUGUUUUUUUUCCUGUAAAAAUCUUGAAUGUUAACAAUGUUGAUUUGUUGAAGACUUAAAUAUUUACAAUGUUGAUUUGAAGACUUAAAUCUUAACAUUAACAAUGUUGAUUGUGAAUGUUAGUAAUCUAUUGAUUUGAAGACUUGAACUAUAAUAAUGUUGAGUUUGAGCAUUUGAAUGAUAACCAAUUUUAUUUUAAAAACAUUAUUAUCAACAUCAUUAAUAUUGAAAUAUUAAUUAAUAAUGUAAAAUCUGAAGACUUGAAUGUUAAAUA